AUGAAACUGUCUUCUCUCGCUGUAUUUUUCGCUUCAACUGAAUUAGUGACCAGUAAAGGUCCUCUACGUACCUUUGAAGAAAAUAUGGAAAAAGCAGACGACAAUUUAUUAAAAGACAAUAGCUUCACGUUCGUGCCACCAAUACCCGUGCUGAAAACAAUUGCAAAUGAAUACCGGCAAAAUCACAGGCUUAGUGAAGAUAUCUUCACAGAAAUUCGAAUUUUGAAACGUGCACUAGCAGUAGCUGACAUUUCUUCAAAUGAUUUUAGUGGUAAGUGCCUGAAAGGAACUAAUUACAAUAAACGGGUACCGAACGAAGUCUUAAUCUUCUCGCCUCUCUUAAGUUCUUAUUUUAAAGUACGAAUUGUUGAAGCAAAAGAGAAAAUAGUCUUAAGUGUUUGCAAGCUACUAACGAGGGAACAUAUCCAACUGUCAAAUCGCUUUUCUAACGAAAUGCGGUAGCUUAUAGGUAAUCGAUCAUGCUGAUUCCGAAUAUGAUAGCCGUUUUGGCUAAUAGGCCUUUCCUAAUCGCUUUCUAGAAAACCAGUUUUCCAGAAACCUCAAAAAAUCCCCAAGAAUUUUUCUAAAUAAGUCACAACUAGAGCUCGCGAAAUUCUGAUUAAAAUGAGACAUCUCCCAGCUCUAC